GUCUGACAUCCCUCUAGGGUGAGAACUGGCGGACGGGACAGGGGAAGUGGACGCGCGCGCCGCAGCUCGGCCGUCCCCGCCCCCUUCCGAGCAGCCAAUCGCAACCAAGACGCGGGGCGCGCGCACGCUCCCUUGAGUUUAACGGUCGCGAGAGGCCGCUCGCCCGACCCUGACAUCGGCAGUGGGAGCGGCGGCCAGACUCUCUUGUGAGCUUGGGAUAUUUCACAGUUCUGAAUGUCAGCAACUGAAAAUGCCUGUAGACGCUGAAGCAUCUGAAGAUGACUCGGAUUCAGUUUCUUCAAACAGUGAGAGCCUACAUUUUCAAAUAAGAGAGUAUAACAAUUUCUGUACGCUAUGGAAGAUUUUGACCUGGGGAAACCUUUACAAAAAACAUCUUCUGUAGAAUCGGAUAUAAAAAAUUCUUCCCAUUCUCUUGGACUGAACUUAAAUACUAACAGAAGUAGUCCCCACCUUAGUACAAAUGGGGUAUCCUCUUUCUCAGGGAAGACCAGACCAUCUGUAAUUCAAGGUACAGUUGAAGUCCUAACCUCUUUAAUGCAAGAGCUACAAAACAGUGGAAAGACUGAUUCGGAACUUUGGAAAAACUGUGAGACCAGGUGGUUACAGCUAUUCAGUUUGGUGGAAAAACAAUGCCAAGAGCAAAUAGUUGCUCAGCAGGAACAGUUUCACAACCAAAUUCAACGUAUACAGGAGGAGAUAAAAUAUUUAGUGAAGUUACAGACCAGUAAUGCUUCCUGGGCUUCCUAUGAUAAAAGUUCUUUAAGCAGACAAAUAUCUUCAGAAAGUCAAAUGGGUUUUUUUUCUGAAAACAGUGAAAGAAAUGAAUCUGUUAUCAGUUAUCCUAAGUCUGAAGAACCCGAAAUGCAGCAAGAAACACCCAUGUCACAACCAGACUGCAACGUGGAGAGCAGCUCAGUGAGCAGCGGGUAUGGUACCCUUUGUGUCUCAGAACUAAACACCUACAGAUCUAAGGGCCCUCAGGAGUUCAUGGAGCACACGGAGGCUUCUGAAGAAGGGUUCGGAGCACCUGUGGUGCGGACGGAGUCACCUGCAGAUAGUGUAAAACCCCGGAGUUUUUAUAUACAUACUAAUGAAGAGUUCUGUGCAUCUUUAAAGGAAGAUAUUCCCAUUUUUCCUGGUGAAUUUGAACACAAUUUUCUUGGUGAAAAUAAGAUUUCGGAAGUAUACAGUGGAAAAACAAAUACUAAAUCCAUAACAUCAUGGGCUCAAAAGCUGAAGCAGAGCCAACCAAAGAGAGCACACACAGAAGAGGGAUGUUCAAAAUCUACCCAAGGAAAUGAGCAAACCAAGAAAUCACCAAUUGAGAAAUCUGAUUUCAUUGCUGCUACACAUGCUCAAGCUUUUUACCUCAAAAAACCAGAUGAGAGUCCAAAAUCUUGGAUGUCUGAUUCAGGAACAGGACUGACUUACUGGAAACUGGAGGAGAAGGACGCGUAUCACUCUUUGCCUGAGACUUUAGAGAAGACGUUUGCACCGGCCUCCUCCACGGAUGUAUCACCCAGCCAGUCUAAUGCUAGUAAUGAGAUGAAGCUACCAUCACUGAAGGACAUUUAUCAUAAAAAACAAAGGGAAAACAAGCAGUUACCCGAGAGGAAUCUCACUUCUGCUUCCAGCCCGGUUCAUCCGCCAGAGGUACUGACUCUAGACCCCACGUUACACGUGAAGCCAAAUCAGCAGAUUUCAGGGAUUCACCCCCGUGGCUUUUUGAGUGCCCUUGAUGACAGAACAUCCUUUUCACCGGACUCUGUUCUGGAACCUAGUAUGUCUAGUCACUCUGACAUAGACUCGUUUUCACGGGAAAGUCAUAUCGCUUCUCAGUUAUCUGGAUUCCCAAAGUAUCCUUCAAAUACAAAAGUGUCACCAGUGGGUUCUUGGAAAAAUCACGCGUUCCACAGCGACAGUAGGACCAGCUCCACGUUUCCUUCCGUAUGUACCAUCGGCAGUAACGACGUCUCAGUCAGCGCCGUGGACGAAGAGGACGCUGUCACGGUAACUUCCGCCUCAGUCAGUCCGUCCCAGCUCCCAGGUGCAGCCAACAGUGUCCCGGACUGCUUUGCACUGGCUUCCCUGGAAGAUCCUGUCAUAUUGUCCAAGAUCAGGCAGAACCUGAAGGAAAAGCAUGCUCGACACAUAGCAGAUCUUCGAGCUUAUUAUGAGUCAGAGAUAAAUAGUUUGAAACAGAAACUGGAGGCAAAAGAAAUUUCUGCAGUUGAAGAUUGGAAGAAAACCAAUCAAAUUCUUAUAGAUAGAUGUAGCCAGUUAGACAGUGCUCUGAAUGAAGCUACUAGUCGUGUGAGAACACUUGAAAAUAAGAAUAACUUACUGGAAAGAGAAGUGAGUGAUUUCAGAGAACGCUUCAACGCAGCCAGCAGUGCCUCCAAAAUUUUGCAGGAAAGAAUUGAGGAAAUGAGAACAAGUAAUAAAGAAAAAGACAAUACCAUUAUUCGGCUGAAAUCUAGACUUCAGGAUUUAGAAGAGGCAUUUGAGAAUGCUUACAAACUCUCAGAUGAUAAGGAGGCGAGACUAAAACAAGAAAACAAAAUGUUUCAAGAUCUUUUAGGAGAGUAUGAGUCCCUUGGAAAAGAACACGAAAGAGUAAAGGAUACAUUAAAUACAACCGAGAACAAAUUGCUUGAUGCACAUACUCAGAUUUCUGAUCUGAAAAGAACAAUUUCAAAACUUGAAGCUCAGGUCAAGCAAGUAGAGCAUGAAAAUAUGUUAAGUCUUCGUCAUAAUUCUAAAGCUCCCAUGAGACCCUCACGCGCCAACACUCUGGCAACCUCAGAUGUCAGUCGGCGGAAGUGGCUGAUACCGGGAGCAGAGUACUCCAUCUUCACCGGCCAGCCUCUGGACACGCAGGACAGCAAGGCAGACAGUCAGCUGGAGGGGGCCCGCGUUCCUGGGUACCGUUCUCUGGAAAAGGAUCCUUCACCUGGAAGUUCACCAACAAGUUUAUUAAUAAAAACACAAAGAGAGACUUCAGACACACCAAUCAUGAAAGCUUUGAAAGAACUUGAUGAAGAAAAGGUAUUUAAAAAUUGGGGCACACAGACAGAGAAAGAGGAUGCCUCAACUAAAUUAGUGAAUCCUCGGCAAACUGACAGUUCAGUCAAUGCAAGUCGGUCCCCAGAGAAAGGUGCCCAACAAAGACAAAAGAGAUUUAAUUCUGCUUCACAGAGAUCGUCAUCUUUACCACCUUCAAAUCGUAAAUCAAGUACUCCAACAAAAAGAGAGAUUAUGUUAACACCAGUGACUGUGGCUUAUAGUCCAAAGCGAUCCCCUAAAGAAAAUUUGUCCCCAGGAUUUAGUCAUCUACUUAGCAAAAAUGAAAGCAGUCCGAUUCGAUUUGAUAUACUUUUGGAUGAUUUAGAUACUGUUCCUGUGUCUACAUUACAACGUACCAAUCCAAGAAAGCAACUCCAGUUUCUUCCUCUAGAUGACUCGGAAGAAAAAAAGUAUUCAGGAAAAGCCACUGACAUCCACGUUAAUCAUAGCUCUUCCCCUGAACCGUUGCCAAGCGGAGUGAAGAACGUCUCUGUGAGGUCGGCCUGGGAGAAGAAUAAGUCAGUUAGCUAUGAACAGUGUAAGCCUGCUUCAGUAGCCCCACAGGGUAAUGAUUUUGAGUAUACAGCCAAAAUUAGGACCCUAGCUGAAACGGAACGGUUUUUUGAUGAACUUACAAAAGAAAAAGACCAGAUUGAGGCAGCACUAAGUCGAAUGCCUUCUGCUGGAGGACGAAUCACUUUGCAGACAAGGUUAAAUCAGGAAGCCUUGGAAGAUCGUUUGGAAAAGAUUAAUCGAGAGCUGGGUUCAGUUCGCAUGACAUUAAAGAAAUUUCAUGUUUUGCGCACUUCUGCAAAUCUUUGAGAUUUGUAGCCAUUAAAUUUUGAGACAUUUUUGUUUGCACUAAUGUAUAAUUAUGCACUCAGAAAAGGCAAACUAUUUUGUACUGUUUAUAAGCCUUCAAACGGUAGUUUUACAAUCAUGCUCUUCUUUACACUUGCUGUUUUAUACUUCAAAUGGCCACAUAUUUUCAAGCUAUUUUUGUUACGCUCAGGAAUCUCUUGUAUAUUUUACUAUUUAAAAAGUAUUAUUUUUAAAUAGUGUAUGUCUCCAAUUUAUAUCAAAAAUAAGGAAACGUAAACAGGGGAGGCAGCCUGUUUCUAAACAAAUAGUGUUAUCCUUUUAUGAAUAACUUUGCACACCAGUUUUAUAAACUUGUUCUACAUUGUGAAUAUGAUUCUUUUUUUUAAAUAAAUGCUUGAGAACAGCUUCUAUAAUGAUAGAUUAAUACAUGCUGAAUGCAAAAAAAAAGUUACAGCAUACCCAGGGUUUAGUUGUGUUGAAGUUUUUUAAAAAAUGGUAAUGUAAUUCCUGUUUAAAACGUGUCUUACAGUGGAUAUUAGCAUAGUAAUCAUGGAAAGAUGGGAAAUAAUGGAAUACCGGAAAGCUUUGAAAGUAUGUGAAUAUCUCACUUUGUUUCCUUUAUACUUUAUUAUUUGUAAGGAAAGAAAAAUGAGAGGUAUGAAUGCUCUAAUUUUGUCAUAUAUGUUAGAACUUUUCAGAAAAAGUUAAACAAUUGGAGAACUGUAGCUUUCUGCCCAUCAUUCUGAAUGUAGCUUGUGUGCCACCCUUGACAAUGAAUUGAUGAAGCUUUGGCGAGAUCCAGGCCAGUGAGGCUGUAAGAGCAGCCCUGUUUUCCCCAGCGUACGCGGCCUCAGCUGUCAGAGUCACUAUGAAGACAUUUUUAACGCUUCUCCACCCCUGCCAAAAAGAAAAAGGAACACUCCCAUAGUAGCUGCUGUAAGAACCGCAGGCUGAGAUCAGCGCCACCUACUCUUCCAGUUACUGGACAGGGAACAUGUCUAGAGGGAGCUCGGUGCCCUUAGCUUGGCCUUGCAGGAGGGCUCCAGCCCGCUGCCUUGGCAGCGCCUCCUGGCUCUUGGAAGCAGCCUGAGGGCAGAAGGCUGUGCUCUGAGCAGGAGCACUAGCAGGGGUGUCCUGGCUGCUGGUCAAGUUCAGGCUGCUUAACUGGCCACUUUUUGGUGGCCGGUCAGAAGCCAGUGCCCACAUAUUCAGGCUCAGUAUGUGUUGAUCAGACUUUCCACGUUGAUUCCAGCUGUCAACACUGAUUCCCACUGAAAAUGCUCAGGUUUUAAAAUUUGAUUUACUUUUGAGCUUUUUCUCCUUGUGUGGCUCUUAAUAGCGUGUAGUUUUACAAUGAGCCAAGCCAACCGUUACUCCGCUAGGAUAUACGUAUGCCUUCACGCAGGGAUCUCCAGUGAUCUCUGAGCACCCGUCACCAAAGCCUCGCCUGGCUGGGCCCCAGGCCUGGUGCCUGUGCCCCCUUCUCAGCAAGGGGCCAUCUGACAGCUGCCUCUCUUCCCGCUCCUAUCUGUGAAUCCAGCCUUUGCUCCCAACCCCUGCAACCAGUGAGAGACCUCCAGCUAAUCGAAACUACGCAUCAGCAGAUAAGUGCCUUUAUUCUUGGUAUUUUUUUCCAGCCUGUUUUUCUUUUUAAUCUCCUAGUUAUAGUAAAGUUCAUUUUCAUCAAGCACCAGUAUAGCUUGUGUCAAGACUUAAUAAGAGAUUGACUUUACCAACGAUGUUCCCUUUAAUGUGCUCCUAGACGUGAUAUUAAAAACGAGCUUGUAAAUUGUUAGGGUAUUUCAUUGUUCCCUACUUUUAUUGCAAAAUCUAUGAUGUUCUUAAGAAUGGGAAAGUGCUGUUUCAGAAGAGAUUAGAGUUUUAUCUUGUCAAGGAGUUAUCUUCUUAGUCUUAUUCCAAGAAAGGUAUUAAGCCCCAUCAAAACUGUCUUCUGUGCCUCUCAGAAAGUGUGUGCUUUGAUUUGUAAAGUGUGUAAUAGAUUGGAAGUAUCAUUUAUUUAAAAAUUAAUUUUUUUCUCUUCCUAGCUGUGCAGAGGGAAACCAAGGAAAACCCUUCCCGCCCUCUUUCCCUUUGGUACUGCCUAACAUCCAACACUCCAUUUCAAAACAGCCUGAAGGCUGGAAAGAUGGCCGUCUUAAAAAGCAGCUAUAAACUGCUUUCGUUGCUGGCUGGGGCUGAGCUGCAGUUAGUAAAAAACUUAAGUGGAUCUUCCACUUCUGGGAAGUGCCUUUUAAAGUGCAGGUAGAGUUACUGCUCUUCUUUCAUCUGGAUCUACCCCCUUCCUUUCCCUGAAAAGCCUCCUGAGGUGGGGGGAGCAUCCUCUGUCCUUUGAGAGCCUGGAGUAGACGUAGCUCUUGAGGCAGUGCUGGGACUGCAGCAGCUGGGCAGGGGACAGACAGACAGACCUGGGUCACACCCUGCCCAGACCUGCCUUUCUCCACGGUGAAAAUGAGAUGAGAUGGUAAGAAGCUUCCUUCCACUACGGGAGAUUAAAGUGCCUGGGUGUUUAGUAAGUUUUCAAUAAAUAACACAUUUCAGAUUCAUUCUGAGUUAAGUAGGCUUUGAAGUAGCGAUUUCACUAUUUUUUUAGAUAGAAAGGUAGAUUGUGUCCCCAGCGAUUAAAACCUGUUUUGAGUUGGUUGACAUUGUGAGAUGGUCUAAGAUGUUCUUUCUCUUCACCUUUUUGCAAAAAAAUGAGCUUUCUUGGAGGUUAAAUGAGCUUCCCUCUGGUUUUUCUUGUUUUUCUUUUUAAUGGCUAAUAAAUUGAUAACUCGAGUGUAAGUUCAGAAGCCCUUUGAUCUUAAAUAAAAAUGCAUUGCCAGUGUAAUCAAAAUAAUUGCUCCUCUGAAUGUUCCAUAGUUAGACUUGUAAAGGUGCUGGCCUGUGAAGCAGGACCACAUGAAGGAAGUGGCAGCCAGUGGGCGUUUGAAGAUGUAUCUGAAGAUUAUGAUUUGCUUUUGGAGUUUGAUAAGCAACCAAAAUGUGGUCCCCUUUUUAACUCAGAAAAGCCAGGUGCUUUGCUGAACGCUAUUUGAAUUCUGAACUCUGCACUUACAUACGUAGAAAAAUUAGACAUUUUUGUCAUUUUAGUUUUUAGAUUUCUCAAAAGCAGUUUUCACUAAAUUUUAAUGUGCCACGUGUGCUGUGAGUCUUUAAGAAGCUUUAAAAAAUAAAUGUGUACCUAGAGCCCUUUAGGAAUCAUAAAGGUAAAUUGUAUUUAUACCCAUCAUGAGUGAUUGUGAAUGGUUAUGAGAUUUGUAGGUCUGAUUAAACCAAUUAAUGUUGCACAAAUUUUGCAGGAAAUAAUUUCCUGCCUUGCCAAGAGUUCUGCGGCAGUUUGAUAAUGUAUUAACUACACCAGUGUUCUUCAGACCUGUGUUGCUAAGCUUCCCCCUUCUGAUUUGUGUUUUAUUUCAGUAGGCCCCCCUCCCAAAUGGGAGGAAUCAAGCCAUAAAUCUGCAUUUGCUGGACAUUAUAUGCCACAUCGCUGUGAGUACAGAUUUCAGAAAUAAUGUUUUACUCACAGUUUCACUGUAACAGUGACCAAUAUGACGUGAGAGAUUUGCUUCCUAUAGUGCUGCUGACAGAGACCAGUGCUCGUUGCAGUUUUUAAAUCUGGUCAGAUAGUGGAGUAAUGAACUUGUAAGCUCCAUGAGAGCAGGGACCAUCUCCUUCAUUCCUGCAUACAGGCACUCAAUAAACAUUUGUGGAUACAAA